CGGCCGGGCGCGCUCCCCGCGGGCGCCCUUGGCAGGGAGCGGCCAUGAGCGGGAGCGGCGUGAGCCGGGGCCUGGAGCUGCUGCGCUCGCUGCCCAGGGUCAGCCUGGCCAACCUAAGGCCCAACCCCGGCGCCAAAAAGCGGGAGAGAAGACGUGGCCGUGGAAGGUACGGGGGUCGGAAGUGUGGCCGAGGGCACAAAGGAGAAAGGCAAAGAGGGAAUCGGCCCCGACUGGGCUUUGAGGGUGGCCAGACUCCAUUUUACUUGGCCAUACCAAAAUAUGGAUUUAAUGAGGGACAUAGCCUCAGACGUCAGUACCAACCGCUGAGCCUUCAGAGGCUGCAGUACCUGAUUGACUUGGGCAGAGUGGACCCCUCGCAGCCGAUUGACCUAACUCAGCUCACCAACGCCAGGGGUGUGACAGUGCAGCCUCUCAAGAGGGAUUACGGUGUCCAGCUGGUGGAGGAGGGUGCUGAUAUUUUUGCAGCAAAGGUAAAUAUUGAAGUGCAGAGAGCAUCUGAAUUAGCAAUUGCAGCCAUAGAAAAAAAUGGAGGCGUAGUAACAACAUCGUUCUAUGACCCAAGGAGCUUGGAAAUUUUAAUCAAGCCAGUGGUAUUUUUCCUGCGUGGCAAACCUAUCCCAAAGCGAAUGCUCCCACCUGAAGACCUCGUCCGUUACUACACAGAUCCCAGGAAUCGGGGCUACCUGGCAGAUCCAUCCAAGGUGGCAGAAGCCAGGCUGGAACUUGCCAAGAAAUAUGGCUAUGUCUUACCAGACAUAACCAAGGAUGAACUCUUUAAGAUGUUAAGUGCACGCAAGGAUCCUAGACAGAUAUUUUUUGGUCUUGCUCCAGGAUGGAUCGUAAACCUGGCAGACAAAAAAAUUCUGAAACCAACUGAUGAGAAUCUGUUGAAAUACUACAGCUCAUGAAUUCAGGACUGGACACAAUUGCAGGUGUACAGGAAACAUCUGGGUAUGAAAUAAUGGGUAGAAGUGGUGUGUGUUUGUUUGUUUUAAGACUCCUAUUAUACUAGAAAAAACAUUUUUUUCUUCAUGUAAUCUUCUGGUGUAGCUCUCAACUUUUUUAUUGUCAUAAUAGAGUGUAUCAGAAGUCUUAACAUUUGAAAACAAUAUGGAGUCUGACAUAAAGUGUGGGUCUGGGCACUUUCUCUUCCAGUGGUUUGCCAGUUUGUUUUUUUUUUUUUUCAGACAAAAGGUUUCAGUGUUGCAUUUGUUUCAGAGGAUAAUUCCAAAGAGUCAUUUGACCUAAUAAUUAGUUUAUAUUUCCCCCUCUCAGUUUAAAAUCGGAAACAUGACUCUACAAAACCAAAAUUAGUUUUACAGUAGUAUUGCAUAAAAUUUUUAGAUAGAGCUAUUCAAGAUACAUUUUCUAGAACCUUUAAGAGGUAUUUUUGGUUGGGGAAAAGUAAAAAGAACCAGAAAUAAAAAAGUACUAAAGAUUAACCUCUUCCAUUCCAGAGCUAUAUUUUGGAUUUUGCCAUUGCCAUCAAUAGCACUAAAGCUUGAGAGAUCUUGAUUUUUCUUUGAUGUCUUCAUAUGCAAUUGAGACAGAGUAUGCAAUUCAACAUAACCUUCUAUCUAAAUUUGGGACUGGGGAGGAAGAUAGCUGUCUUAAUUCAAUGGCCUUUAUUAGGCAGAAUUUAAAACUUGUCCUGACACAAAUGUAAUCUUAUUAAUAAAAAUGCAUAGCAGAACCCAGAGUCAAAGGAUGACAGUGACAGCAGAUUAUGAAGAAUGGGGAUGUGAUGGAUGAAGUACACAGUCAGAAUUCAAUUUUCAGAUUGAUCACAGAUUGCAUGUGUGACAGUGGACAAAUUAAUUUAAAUGCUGUGAAAAGUUAUGAGCAAAUUGUGUUUAUGGGAGACAGCAUUUUAAUCACACCAAUUUGAUUAAGUCUUGAAAAAUAUUUUUCAGCAAAGGUUUGUUUUAUCAGUCUCUCCAGAAUACUGCAUUAUUACUGUGCAAGAGUAUUGUAGGUUUUGUGUGGAAGCACUGGGCAUUGUGUGGACUGGGCAUUUGAGACAGUGAGCCAGACAGUAAAGAAGGAUGAGAGGGGAGACCAAGAUGAUGUAUCAGAAUGUGCUCUGGCCCCUUGGAAGUUAAUGAGCUGCUUCAUAAUUAUGUGGUUUAAUGGAAGCUGAAUUUGGCUUUAAAAUAAUUAUAAUUUGAUUAUAACAAUGCAGGAAACAGUUCAGGAGAACAGAACAUGAGAUGUCGUUUUGCUUUCCAAUUUUGAUGUGCCUUUGGAAAUGCUACGUAGAGUUUCCUGUAGCUGCCAAACUGUCCCAUGUCGUAGGAAAAGUCCUCUGUGUGCUAGAAUCACCUCUUUCUCCUGUGUAACAUCUGUAGUUUCCUGGUAUACCUCAAUGGGGGAGGAUUUAAGAAAAAAAUCUUCUUUUUCUUUCAGAAAAUAAAAUAAAGCGGAUGAAUUUUUGUUGGUGUUUGUCAACCAGCCUGGAUUUUUCCUUCACUCGACAACCUGCCUUAUCAACUAAUGUGACCCUCUGUAAUCACAGAACAAAAUAAAAGAAGUCUUCUCAUUCUGAUUAAAUAAUCUGAAAUCAAGAGACUAAAAAGUCACUAAAUUUUGACAACCUACUCUUCAACUUCUAUUGUUCCUUGUUAAUGUGUGUUAAAUGCUAUCAGUAAUGGUCGUUCCCCUGACCUGGGGUUUAAGUAUAGGUGAAACGUAGCAAAACAACAGCAAUAUAAAAUUGGACUAUGAAUAGCAGGAAUUUUGGUUUAGUGGCAUUAACAUUUGUAUUUUAUUAGGUGUCGAACACUUUUUUGGCACGUUAGGAAUAAUACUGUGUGCCAAAAAAAGUACAGUUGGUGUUAACUUGAAUGUGAAGUAAAUAACUUUCUCACUUUAGAUGUAUCCUGUUCUGCAUCCUGAUGAUUGUUGGUUUGGAACCUUAAAUGACAAGCAAUACUUUUUUAUUUUUCUUUUUUUUUUUCAAGUUUUUGUUAUUACAAUAACUUUACAAUAACAAUAUUACUACUGCCUCCAUUUGGGAAGGAGCUGGAGAGGGGGAAGAGUAUUUAUUGCCUUCCCUUAUUUGUGCCAUAAUGUUUCUGUUUUUAUGAAUCAAUUCACAAUUGUAUUUUGUGGAGGUGGUGGUACUCAACAGGAAAGCUACUUAACUGGAAGUGAAGAAGGAAGUUACUCAUAUUAGUGAAGACCAGAAGACAAAAGUGUUUAUGUAUCAUUGUGUAUUUUGGGGAGGAGAAGACGGGGGAAGGCAAGUUUGUUUCCAUUUCUGCUCUUUGUAUUAAAAUGAACAAAUUGCUCUCAGCAA